GGACCACCACUGUCCCUGGAUCAACAACUGCGUUGGCCUUUCGAACCAGAAGUUGUUUAUCCUCUUCCUCGGCCUGUACACCUGCGCGAGCGCCAUCUUUACCUUGAUCCUCCUAGCCGGCAGCGCCUUCUACUGGCUGUGGAGCCAAAACAACUGGUCGGAUGCGCCUCCGCCGGGCUCCGCAUCUCUGAUCUGCACCGGGAUGGUCGCAGUCGAGUGCUUCGCUGCUGUUCUUUUCGUCAGCGACUUCCUGCAGGAGCAAGUGGAAUCGAUUCAGAUGAACUCAACGCUGGUGGAGACGUACCAGCGCACGCACGGCGCGCGGUCGACGUUCUACAACCACUUCGUUGCUGUGUUUGGGACGUCCUGGUGA